GCCAAAAUGCCAGUUUAUCACAUCGUCCUCUUCCGCCUUAAGCCCGGCGUUACCCCGGCCCAGAUCGCCACCUGGAAGGAAACAUGCCAUGGAAUGGUGGGAAAGAUUCCUGGACUGCUGUCGCUGAAGAGUGGCCCCCCACUGCCGAUUUCGAUUCCCCGUGCCCAAGGUUUCGAUAUGGGACUUGUUGCUGUUUUGGAGACGGCUGAGCAUAUCGCUACCUAUGCGGUGCACCCUGCGCAUUUGGAGGUCCAUAAGAUGCGCGAGGAGCUGUGCGAUGAUACUUUGGCCUAUGAUCUAGAGUUCUAGACGCUCGAUAUAUCU